GUGACCAGAAGAACCUGCUGAAAUGCAUGUGUGUCUCAGAGCUGAGAGCGGAGCUGUCUGUGUCCUGCCAGCCAACAGAUCCAUCAGCCAACCUAACAGGCCAAGAAGCACUUCUCCAGUCUCUCACCUCUCUCCCUGUGUUGCCACAGGCUCCAGCACCUCACCACAGCACAGAACGAUGGAGCACGAGGACUUCACCAGCUUGGCUGGGUACUGGAAUUCCUCUGACAGUUACCAGUUCAGCCCUGCUAGUGUCAUUGUCCCUGUGGUCUUCUCCCUCAUCUUCCUCCUGGGCACAGUUGGCAACAGCCUGGUGCUGGCAGUGCUGCUGCGCAAUAGGCAAAUGGGCCACAACACUACCAACCUCUUCAUCCUCAACCUCAGCCUGGCUGACUUCUUCUUCAUUGUCUUCUGCGUGCCUUUCCAGGCCACCAUCUACUCCCUUGAGGGCUGGGUCUUCGGCUCCUUCAUCUGCAAGGCUGUCCACUUUUUCAUCUACCUCACCAUGUACGCCAGCAGCUUCACACUGGCUGCCGUCUCUGUGGACAGGUACCUGGCCAUCCGCUAUCCGCUGCGCUCCCGGGAGCUGCGAACCCCCUACAACGCGGUGGCUGCCAUGGCUGUGAUCUGGGGUCUCUCUGUGGUCUUUGCUGGGCCCUACCUGAGCUACUAUGACCUGAUUGAGUGGGAGUCCAGCUAUAUCUGCAUGCCUGGCUGGGAGGAGUGGAGACGCAAGGUCAUGGACACCAGCACGUUUGCCUUUGGCUAUGUCAUCCCAGUUCUGGUCAUCAGCCUCUCCUACACCAGGACCAUCAAGUACCUGUGGACAGCAGUGGAACCCUUGGAGGACAUGUCAGAGUCCAAGAAGGCCAAGCGGAAGGUAACUAAAAUGAUCAUCAUCGUAACCAUCCUUUUUUGCCUGUGCUGGCUACCCUACCACGUAGUCAUCCUCCGAUACCUCUAUGGAGAUUUCCCUUUCAACCAGGCCACCUAUGCCUUCCGUCUGCUUUCCCACUGCAUGGCCUAUGCCAACUCCUGCCUCAACCCCAUCGUCUAUGCCCUGGUAUCCAAGCAUUUCCGUAAGGGCUUCAAAAAAGUCUUCAGCUGUCUCCUGAGGAAAAAGCACCGCAACAAGGUGCAUGUGUUACACGCUGCUCACAUUGUGCCUGGCUUUGAGGCAGGCUCCACUGAAGUGUCUCAGGUGCAUGAAGAAAAUAACAGGUGUGAGCUGAACCCAGACUCCCUGGCAGUCCCCUCUGGUUCUUCCAAGCAUCUUCACCUUUCUUAGUAGCUCCACACCAUCUACCAGCCCAGCUGUGCCAUCUGCCUCAGGUCACUCUCUCCCAUUGAAUGAGACAGGAUGCUAGGAAAGGCAAGACAGAAACCUUGCUAUAUCCCGGUUCUAGCCUUGCUGUUCCUCUUCUUUCUGGGUACCAAUUGUCCUCCUAAGCCACCUCCCCACAUCUUGUGUACAAAGGAAGGAAUGGACCCACACUUGCUCCUGAUCCACAGCCCACCUGCAGUUCAAGGACUAAUGCUCCAGCUCUUCUGUUGACUCUCAUCCUUCUAAGUCCUCUGCUUAGCAGCCCCACUACAUUGGACACAUUUGUUUGCUGUCAGAUGGUCCCUUCUUGCUUCCUGUUGUCUGAUCUGGACAAAGUGUUUCUUAUGGAGUGGCAAGGGAGACAGGCAGCGUGAGCAGGGCCAGGUGAACAAAGGAGGGACAGAGAGCAACCAGCAUUGCCUGUGGAUGGUUACAGUGGUGGCUUCUGUACUGGCUGCACUGCUCUCCUGGUGACCAAGUCCUUUCCUGUGGUGUGGGCUGUGGGUUGUCUGUAUGUGUGCGAUGUUGCUGCUGUAAAUACUAGGGAGAUGUUUUUCUGACCCAGAGUAAAUAAAUGUACUUCCCUAA